AGGAACAGAAGGCCCAAUGUCACAGUGGAACAUAGCUCCUUUUCUCUUGUAUUCCCUUCAGGAAAAUAUGGGGACUCUGAUCAACACAAAGGCUCUAUUUCUGCUGUUCCUGCUGCUGAAGCCACUCCAGUUCGUAGGGAUAAAUGACUAUAAUUUCUCACCUGAAAAACAAGAAGAAUUCGAAGAUUAUAUGGAGGACUUACUUAGUACAGGGCCUACCAAACCACCUAGCAAAGAUACAUUUAAAAAGCGUGUCAUUAUUGAUGCUGAAAGACCAUUAACUGAUCCAGAAUACUGUACUGAAGAAAUAAGGAUGAAAAAUGUUCACAAUAAGUUAUUUUGUGUUAAAGAACAUUUCUUCCUCCUAGCAUCAUAUGAGGACAUUCAAGAGCUUUGUUUCCACAUGUUUGUGCAAUGCAGCAAUGGAAUUAGGAAAUGUCACAGGAGCUGGAAAGUGAUAGAAGGUGUGCACUGUGUUUUAACCAGUGGGGACAAGAUGCCAUCCUGUAAAUACGAAUCUUCUCGCAAGGAAGGAUUCGUCCUUGUCACUUGUCGAUGGCAAAAUGAUAUCGGACAAAUUAUUCCUGAUUCUGUAAAUGGCAUUGUAACGAUAAAGUGUUAG